AUUCCCAGGAGCUCCACCCCUUGCCCAAGAUACCGGUGAAGAUGAAAUGUGGAUCAUAGAGUCGCCAGGCCAAGACAGGCAACCAGACCACCCCCAGACUCAAACAAAUCCACAACCGACAACCUGGGUGAUCACCAAGACCAACAAUAGACUGGCAUAG